UAAUAUUCAACGACCCACCAAAGAAUUCUAAAACCUGUUAAACCAAGCAAAUGAUUGACAAGAAGCCUCCAAGGACUGAGUCAAACAUUUUUACAAUUAUGUACUCACCGCCAACUUCACCAAGCUCCACCUCAAUCACAUAAAAAAAACUCUGUUUCUUUCAUUUUUUCCUUGUCAUCAUCAUUUUCAUUCCAUUUCUAUAUCAUCCAAACAUACCCUCCAUAAAAUUCUCAUUUUUUAUUCUAGUUUCUUGAGCAAAGCCCCCAUUAUGAUCAAAACUUAAGUCCUUUCUUGUGGUGUACUAAUCCAAGAAUCUCUGUGUUUGUAGCUGCAAGCUUGUACUUCUUUUGUUGGGUUUCAGAUACAUAAGAUUUUGAGUUGGUUUGGAUGGGGAUUUGCUUGAGCUAUCAAAUAAAGACUAAUACUGAAAUUCAUGCUGGCGAGAGUUCCAAGUAUGUAAGCAAAGAUGGGAGUGAUACUGGUUACUCCAAUAGCAAGGGCUCAUCAACAUCUGUACCUACAACAUCCAGGAGCGAGGGUGAGAUCUUGCAGUCUGCCAAUUUAAAAAGCUUCACAUAUAAUGAACUCAGAAAUUCGACUAGAAACUUCCGUCCUGAUAGUGUACUAGGGGAAGGAGGGUUCGGUUCCGUUUAUAAAGGAUGGGUUGAUGAGCACUCACUUGCAGCAUCAAAGCCUGGGAUGGGGAUUGUAGUAGCUGUAAAAAGGCUUAAUCAGGACGGGCUCCAGGGGCACAAGGAAUGGCUGGCUGAAAUCAACUAUCUGGGGCAGCUGCGCCAUCCUAAUCUUGUGAAAUUGAUCGGUUACUGCUUAGAGGAUGAUCACAGACUCCUGGUAUAUGAGUUUAUGCCAAAGGGUAGCAUGGAGAAUCAUCUGUUCAGGAGAGGGUCACGCUUCGAGACAUUUUCUUGGGGCCUCCGAAUGAAAGUUGCUCUGGGCGCAGCAAGGGGAUUGGCCUUUCUACAUGGUGCUGAAACCAAAGUUAUCUAUCGGGACUUUAAGACUUCAAAUAUCCUGCUGGACUCGAAGUUCAAUGCAAAACUAUCUGAUUUUGGUUUGGCAAGAGAUGGCCCGGAUGAUGAUAAAAGCCAUGUCUCUACUAGGGUCAUGGGCACCUACGGAUAUGCUGCUCCAGAGUACAUGUCGACAGGUCACUUGAAUGCAAAAAGUGAUGUUUACAGCUUUGGUGUUGUUCUGCUAGAAAUUAUAUCUGGUAAGAAAGCUAUAGACAAAAACCGUCCAACUGGAGAGCACAGCCUGGUGGAAUGGGCAAAACCAUACCUGACCAACAAACGCAGGAUCUUCCGUGUUAUUGAUACACGUCUUGAAGGUCAGUAUUCGCUGGAUCAUGCCCAGAGAGCCGCUAACCUUGCAGUUCAAUGUCUUUGCAUGGAGCCCAGAACACGGCCGAAUAUGGAUGAAGUAGUGACAGCCUUGGAACAACUUCAGGUCAAGGAAAUAGCCAGAGAUCAUCACAAGGGAGUCCAGCCAAAACGCCAUCCCCGUCCCAGGAUGCAAUAGUGCAGUGAGGGAAAUGCAGGCAGUUACAGUGUUUCUGUGUAGAUCAAAAUUUUAUAAAAAAUCUUCACCUAGGUAAAUGAGUUUAUCCGUUUUUUGAUUUAAUACUUCUGGUCUGAACUAAACCAAACAUAACUAGUAUAUCUCACCCGAGCACUUGACCAGAAAAAGUUUAAAUGCUUAUACAAUAUGCCCUGCUCGAGAGAAUAGAGAGGUUGUUUCUGCAGAGCUUUACACAGGAACUAGACCAACAGUUUCGGCAUAUACAAACGGGAAAAAGUACAAUUGUAAUUUUACCAUCGGUGUAGAUAUAUUAUACCAUAAAGUCUGUAUUACGAGUGUGUAUGAUUUUGUUAUGACGAAUUGACAAUUGUAGAAAUGAAUGUAUUUUAACUUUUUCAGCUUUUAGUUUCA